AUGCAAGACCAAAAUAGUAUCGUUUUAAUAGAUGAAAUAGGGAAUAUAGACAAUUAGUCAGAUGAGCAAUAAUUAUAACAAAAUUCUGAUGAUAUUCAUGAUGAAACAUAGGAAAUUAUUGAGGAAAUACAAUCGCCAUUUGAAAAUGAUCCAUGUAUGAGAUCAAUUUAAAUCAUAAAAACUCAAUCGUAUCAAAAUAAUAAUGAUGAUUUAGCCUUUGUGGUUAAUGAGUUGGAGCGGUUCGAUCACAUUUUAUAAAUCAAAGGCGAAGAAGGAUAUGAAGAUUUAUUAAAACAAUGCAUUUAAUACCUUCAUUAUGAAUUUGUACCUAAAGGGAAAUUCUUAUUUCAUUACGGAGACAUUGGAGAAAAAUUCUAUUUUAUAGCUAAAGGAAAAGUAAGCAUUCAUGUACCUCGUCCGAGCAAAGAGAUUUUUAAGUAGGAAUAAAAUUAUUAAUUAAGAAAAUACUGGGGAGACUAAUUAGAUAAUCAGGCUCUCACUGCAAAUGAGAGAGAGACAGCCAAUUUACAUUACUAAAGAGCAAGACAAAAAAUCAUCAAGUAUUUAGAGAAGUAUGAGCAUGAAAAAUUCUUUAAAAAAAUGUAGAGUGGCCACCCUUCCAACUAAAAAAUUUUCAAUAAGUACUUUCAUCCUUAAUAUAAAAGCUUUGGCUUUUAUAAAUAAGUAAAUGAGCUUAAGGAAGGAUAAAGCUUUGGUGAAGUGGCGACUAUUUCUAGAAAGCUUAGAACUGCCUCAGUUUUUGCUGAGGAAGAUUUACAUCUGUUCUAUAUGAGAGGAAGCGACUAUUUGGCUAUUUUCUAGCAUUAGCUUUAUAAGCUUAACUUCAUCCUAAAGAAUUUAGAAAAAUAUUUUGAAAAUUUAUCCAAAAAGCAAAUUCUAGAUUUAAGUUAUCUUUUCGAAGCUUUUGAACACACUCUUCAUCUUAAUUAAAUUAUAUUCAAAGAGGGCUCAGAGCGUUAAUAUAUAUAUUUAAUAAAAUCAGGUUCAGUAGCAUUUAAAAGUUCUAAAGGAAUAAGCUUAGGCAUAAUAGGCGAGGGAGAAUUUUUUGGCUUUGAGAAUAAAAAGGGAAAUUAAUCUUCAAUUAUUAAAGAAAAACACUACUUUAGUGCUGUUUGCAUAGGGAACGGGACAACUGUCUAUCGAUUAAAAUUGUAACUUCUAGAAGAAGAAGAAUUUUAACCCGCUUUAAAAGAGUUUGGUAUUAAGGGAUUUUAAAAAGCUGAAUAUUACUCAAAGCGUGCUAUACACUGUUAAAAUAUAUUUGAUUAGAACGAAGCCAAUAAUCCUUUUAAUUAAGAGCUUCAAAUGUAUAGCGAAUUCGCAGCUAAAUCCUAGUUCUAGAAUGAAAACCAACUGUCUAAAGCAAAGAAUCUCAGGAAAUUAAUGAACAAACUUUAAAUACAAAGAAAAUUUAACUAGUAUUUAGAAGAAAAUUUUUUAUCCAAGAAAGCACAAUCCUAACCAAAUUUCGAAUUGAGCAAAGUAAACUAAAACAGUACGAGCCCUAACUUAAAUGAAUUUGAAAGCAAGAGCACCUUUACAAAUUUAAAUGACUAAUUGAUCCUUUAAAAGAAUCAAUCAGUAGCUGAUUCUGGUCACAUCAGUAAUUAAAAUAAUAAUAACGAUAACCAAAUUCAAUCAUUGUUCAGCAUAGAUCAAAUAGGUGUGCUUAGUUAUAAUUCUAAAAAACCAAAUUCUGCAUCUCAAUAAAAAUCCUACAAUUAACUAAAUAAUAACAAUAAUAAUAAUCAAGAUAUUGGUGAAAUUUAACACUUUUAAUUUAUCUCUAAGGAGGAAUUUGAGUAAACUAAGAACAAUAUUAUAAAAGAAUAGGAGAAGCUUAGAGCUAGAAAGCCAUAACAUUUUGUGCCGCAAGAACUAGCAGAUAAUCCUCUUGCUAAAAAAAUAUCUUUAAAAUACGUAAGCUCUUCUUCAUUGGUUACACCCUAAUCCAAUGCAGGAACUAAUAAAACACCUCCCUAGCUAUCAAGUUUUUUUAAUCAACAGCAAUAACCUUCAUCACCUUUAAAGAGCCCUUCAUCAGUAUCUUCUCCUUAUAAAAAUCCUCCAUCUCCCUAUAAAAAUAUCUCUUCGCCUUCUAAAAAUCCUUCUUCUCCAUAGAAGAGCUUAUCACCAUAAAAAAGUUAAUAGAACUAGAUAUUCUCAUUUUUUCCUUCACAAAUAACAGUUUAAAAUACUAGCCCUACUGCGACUACUACUGCUAAUUUAGGUAAUGCUGCUGCUACUAAUUUAGGUUUAACCUAAUCUUAGUAAAAUAACUCUAUGACUAACAGUAGUAAUUUUGCUCUAUAAAAUAAUUCUGUCAACUCCCAAUUGUAGAAAAAGGUUUUUAAAUUACCCCUAAACAAACGAAUGUCUGUAGAUAGUUUAGCACAUAAUGCUUUAUUAGCUGAGUAAGAGUAAAGAAAAAAUUAUCAACAGCAUAAAUUGCAUAGCGUCUACAAUCGUAGAGAAUAAAGAGGAUCUAUGAUUAUUUAAUCAAUCUAAAUAACACCUAAACCUAGUGAGUAAAGAAAUCCCUCAUCACAAAAACAAAGAGUAAAUUCUAUUGAGGAAAACCAUCCUAAUUUUAUGACCCCAAAGUAACUCUCAGAUUCAAAUAAGCCAUCCUCAAAUACAAUAUUGGGUAAAAAAAUAUCUGUAUUCUCUGCUACUUAACCAGCACCUAGUAUAAAUACUUUCAGGUCUGCAUCUUUUUUAAAUUCUUCAGACAGAAUAAACAUAAAUAUCUAUCAAUCUCCAUCAACUAAAACACCUAGCAAAUCUCCUCUUUAAAACAUGUUAUUGAAAUCUAAUCAUACAAACUCCACUAUUAAUCAAGCAAGCGAAUUGUAUAACCCUGAGAGAUCUUAAGGUAAUGUAGAAAUAGCAUCUAGCUUAAAUUACUUAAUUCCAUAAACAUAUAUAAAUCAACAAUACUAAGAACCAGAUGAAGUCCUCUAAAUAUUUCCAUAAUCAGCUCGCCCUUCUUAAAAAAGUUUUCUUAACACAUCUAAUGUCAACUAAUAAGAUCAAGCUAACUGUAUGAGUGAAACACUAAAAAAAUUUAAUUCAACUCACAACAAGAUGUUUGACAAAAAAAUUAUAAUGAAUCUUGCAAUAACUGAUUUGAAUUUCCCUCAAAACAACAAACCAUCAAUAUAAAGUCUAACAUUAAGAAGUCUCACUGAUUUUAACCAACUCAAAUCUAAAAGCAUUUAAAACUCUUCAACCCAAAACCAGAAUAGUCCGAUUUUACAUCCUUAAAGUGCAAAUCAUCGCCGUUCUCUAUCACAUAUCCCUAAAAAUUCUCCUCAUGAUUAAUUCUCAUCUCAAAAAACAGUAUGUAAAAACAAACAAUAUUCUUAGCUGUUUAAAAAGAACAAUGAAUCUAAGAGCUUAAAAAAGAAAUAAAAAAUAAUGCCUUUACUAAUGAAUGAAUCAGAAACCCAUGAUAAAUUAAACUAAAACAAAACUGAUUUUAAUAUGAAUAAUUUGCAAAUAUCUACUUCUCCAAAUAAUACAGGAUAGUAGCUAUUCAUCUAAUCAAGUAAAACAUAUGGAUUAGGAGGCUUCACUCAAAGAAAAAAAGUUCCUUCUUUGUUUAGUCCAAGUUUAAAUUAGCAAAAUUAUUAAAAAGCUGAUUAAGCCUACUUAAAUAGUAAAAAUCAAAAUCAAAAGACAACUGCAAUUAAUUUGCUUUCUCCAACUGUCUCCUAAUCAACAAGGUAAAUUUAACAAAUGCCGUUCUGUUCCAUCAAAUAAUUUCUUGAAGGAAACGAAAACAUAAAUCAAUACAAAUAUGAUAUUUUAUUUAACUAAUAACAAAAGAAUAAUUGA